AUGUCUCCUAUAUCGGUAAAGCCUCGCGUCCCCACCUACGCCGAACCCACCUCUUCCACUCCAGAUAUUCCAAAACCGACUGCCGCCACCACCAACGCCGCCUCCGCUCCUUCUCCACCACCAUCCCCAUCUCCUUCUCAGGCUCCUGGUGCCUCUCGGAGAACCUACUCGCCUCCUUACGUCCGCUCUGUCUCCCACUCCCCACCCUUCCCCGGAUCCUCACACUCCCUCCCCUCUCCCGCUCUCUCCUCCGCUUCCUCCACCACCACGACCGACUACCUCGACCGCCCCUACCCCGACUACCUUCGUCUGAUCCUCACAUCAAGGUGCUACGACAUUCUCAAACAAACCCCACUCACUCACGCCAUCAACCUCUCCAACCGUGUCAACAACAACAUUUACUUCAAACGCGAAGAUCUCCAGGAUGUGUUCUCCUUCAAGAUCCGAGGCGCCUACAACAAAAUGGCCCACCUCUCGGAAGACGAAAAACGUCGUGGUGUCAUCGCCUGCUCGGCGGGGAAUCAUGCCCAGGGUGUAGCCCUCGCCGCCAAGACUAUGGGUCUCAAGGCCAUAAUCGUCAUGCCAACUCCGACCCCGGAGAUCAAGUACAAGAACGUUCAACGACUCGGAUCGACCGUCAUCCUCCACGGCAAGAACUUUGAUGAGGCCAAGUCCGAAUGCGAGCGAUUAGCGAGUUUACACAACUACACCAACAUCCCACCGUUCGAUGAUCCCUAUGUGAUUGCGGGCCAGGGAACCAUUGGGGCCGAGAUCCUGAGACAGCAUAAGAUGGAAGAAAUAGAUAUGAUCUUUUGUACGGUUGGAGGCGGGGGGUUGAUCGCGGGUAUUGCGGCCUAUGUGAAGCGAGUUGCCCCGCAUAUCAAGAUCGUCGGGUGUGAGGCCUUCGAUGCGAAUGCCAUGACUCGGAGUUUACAAGCCGGUCGACGAGUCGAACUGGCCGACGUCGGACUGUUUGCAGACGGUGCGGCUGUCAAGGUCGUGGGGGAGGAGCCCUUCCGGCUUUGUCAGAAGUUUGUCGACGAGAUGGUCGAGGUGACUAAUGACGAGAUCUGUGCGGCCAUCAAGGACAUCUUUGAGGAUACGCGAUCCAUCGUCGAGCCUGCGGGCGGACUGGCUGCGGCAGGGUGCAAGAAGUACCUGCGCGAACACAACCUGUCCCACAAGACCUGCAUCGUCAUCACAUCUGGCGCCAACAUGAACUUUGAACGACUCCGCUUCGUUGCCGAGCGUGCCCUGCUCGGCGAACAAAAGGAGGCCCUUCUCUCCGUGGUCAUCCCCGAACAACCGGGUGCAUUCCUCAAACUGUACAUGCAUAUCCAUCCUCUGAUGGUCACCGAAUUCUCCUACAGGUUCACGCCCAACAAGAAGCACGCACAAAUCUUCAUGUCCUUCCUGUGUAAUGAUCGCAAGAAUGAAGUGCCCUUAAUCAUGAAGACCAUUGGUGACCAUGGCAUGCAGGCUUGGGACAUCAGUGACGAUGAGAUGGCCAAGAGCCAUGCCCGAUUCAUGAUCGGAGGUCGCUCCAAGGUACCGAACGAGCGUAUGUUCCGAUUCGAGUUCCCCGAGAGACCUGGCGCACUGCUGCAGUUCUUGCAGGGUCUACGUGCCGGCUGGAACGUUUCUCUCUUCCACUACCGUAAUCACGGCUCAGAUAUGGGCAAGGUUCUCGCAGGCCUUCAGGUGCCCAAGAAAGACAGCGUAGAGUUCGCAAAGUACCUCGCACGCCUAAACUACCACUGGGUCGAGGAGACUAACAACCCUCUCUACAAGCAAUUCUUCAGCUAG